CAUAAAAGAAAAAAAGAAAAGUUCCCACCGCUGCCCCACCCGCCAAACGCAGCCCCACCCGCCAAACGCAACUGUGCCAUAAUCCUCACUCAUCACCACCCUAGUGACGUCACGUCUCCCUGGAGCCCAUACACUGUAGCUUCUGGCGUAUAGUAUCGGCCCCGGGUGUGCACGUGACCUGCUGUCUCUUCACUACUAGACACCUCAGGCGCUGCACUCACUACUGCGCUGGACUGUACUGGAAGCAGUGUCACUCCCAUCCGCUCCUAUCGCUACCGCAGGCCCUGAACAAUGGAUUCCCUCAGUGCAGCUAAUGGAACCUUUGCUGUAAAUCUGUUUAAGAAACUUACAGAAAGCAAUAACAAAGGCAACUUGUUCUUCUCCCCGCUUAGCAUAUCCUCUGCUCUAGGAAUGAUUUAUCUUGGAACUAAAGGAAAUACUGCUUCUCAAAUGUCAAAGGUGCUACAGUUUGAAAAAGCAAAAGAUGUCCAUGGAGCAUUUCAAUCUCUGAUCUCUGAAAUCAACAAACCAGGCACAGAUUACCUUUUAAGAACUGCUAACCGCCUGUAUGGAGAGAAGUCCUUUACAUUCCUUGAUGAAUUUUUGGAAUCUACCCAAAAACACUACCAUGCGGAUAUACAGUCUGUGGAUUUCUCUGCAAAGUCAGAAGAUUGCAGAAAGGAAAUAAAUUCCUGGGUGGAGCAAAAAACUGAAGGUAAAAUCCAGGAUCUGCUGCCCAGUGGUAGUGUGGAUUCUCUCACCAGAUUAGUACUAGUCAAUGCCAUAUACUUCAAAGGAAAUUGGGCAAACCAGUUUGAUAAAAAUGCUACACAUGAGAUGCCUUUCAGGCUGAAUAAGAAUGAAACCAAACCAGUGCAGAUGAUGUAUAAAAAGGCCAAAUAUCCAAUGACGUAUGUUGGGGAAUUGUUCACCAAAGUCCUUGAGUUACCAUAUGUCAAUAAUGAAUUGAGUAUGAUCAUCAUGCUCCCUGAUGAUAUUCAAGAUGGAACCACUGGGCUGGAGAAGCUUGAAAAAGAAUUAACAUAUAGCAAAUUUGUGGAAUGGACAGAUCCAGACAGAAUGGACAUUACAGAAAUGGAGUUGCAUGUGCCAAAGUUUAAGCUAGAAGACAAUUAUGACCUGAAAUCUUUACUUAUUGAUAUGGGAAUGUCUGAUGCUUUUGAUCACAAAGCCGAUUUCUCAGGAAUGUCUAGUUUGGCUAACCUUUUUCUUUCCAAAGUGAUCCAUAAGUCCUUUGUAGAAGUGAAUGAGGAGGGCACAGAGGCAGCUGCUGCCACAGGAGCUGUUAUUAUGCUUCGUUGUGCUCGGUUUGUUCCUCGAUUCACUUGUGAUCAUCCUUUCCUUUUCUUUAUCAUACACAAGCAAAGCCGCUGCAUCCUGUUCUUUGGUAGAUUCACUUCCCCUUAGGGCUGGAUUCACACACUGCAGACCUUAUCUGUAUAAAAUUUGCAAAUAUUAACAUACAAACUUACAUGCUGUUGACUUGACUUCUCACAGUAGAGUUGGUGUAAUAUUUUGAACUGCCUUACCAUACAUUUCCUUAACAUUUUAAAAACAUAGCGCUGAUUGAACAAGGCUUCACAGAUACUAUAAACAAGAUGGAAACCAUGGAAACUAGGUAUUUGUUUCAUUACUGUAUUUACAAUACUUCAUUUUGAGAUCCCACUUUUACAUAUUGGUGGUUCUGGUUAAAAAUUAUCCAUUUUAACUAGGGAUAUACAGAUACUGUUAUCGGGACCGAUACUGGACAUUUGCACGAGUACUCGUGCAAAUGUCCCCGAUACUUGCCGGCUGCAGGUAUCACGGAGGUGCGGUAAGCUGCCUGUACUCCCCACUCCCGAGCUGUGCAGCACGGUCAGCAUCUGAGCAUAGCCGUGACCCGCAUUAACCCUUUAGAUGCCGCAAUCAAAGUUGAUUGCGGUGUAUAAAAGUCCUGAGAGUCCUACCGGUUAGCUCAGGGAUGCUGAUCGGGAUCACCGUGGUGAAAUCACGGUGUCCCGAUCAGCUGUGAGGAUGGCCGGAGGUCCCUUACCCUGCUCCAUGCGUCUGUUCGCUGCUUCUUUACUGCUGCCAGCCAUGGCAGGCAGUAGUAAUGGAGCGCUGAUAACUAUGAUCAAUGUUAAGCUAUGGCAUAGCAUUGAUCAGUGUAUGCAAUCUACAGAUUGCAUGUAAUAGUUCCCUAUGGGGACUAGAAAAGUGGAAAAUGAAAAAUUUAUAAUAAUAAUAAAUGUGAAUUAACCCCUUUCCAAUAAAAAUUUUUAUCAACCCCCUUUUCUAGAAGUUUAAAUAAAAUAUAUAUAUUUUUAAUUUUAAAAAAAGCCCUUUCUCUUAUAAAAACUAAAAAACAAAUAAAAAAACUUUUUCCCAUUAAAUAAAAAAAAACCUGUUACAUGACAUUGAAAAAAGUAUCAGUAAUUGGUAUCAGCGAGUACUUAAAAAAAAAAAAAAAAAAAAAAAACGGUACUCGUACACGGUCUUUAAAAAAAAAAUGGUAUCGAGACAUCGCUAAUUUUAACUGCAAUUUUGGUCAUUUGCAGCAAAAAAUGCAUGCAUUAUUUAGUUGGGGUACUGCUAAUUAGCUGAAUGUGUAAACACGGACUUACUGUAGUA